AUGGCUGCAGGUAACACCUCCUCUGUGAUCGAGUUCAUCCUCACAGGCUUAACAGAUCAGCCAGAACUCCAGCUCCCCCUCUUCUUCCUGUUUCUGUGUUUCUAUGUGGUCACCGUAGUGGGGAACCUGGGUUUGAUAACGCUGAUUGGACUGAAUUCUCACCUUCAUAUUCCCAUGUACUUUUUCCUCUUCAACCUGUCCUUCAUAGAUUUUAGUUACUCCACUACCCUCACCCCUAAAAUGCUGAUGGGUUUUGUCUUAGAGAAGAACAUCAUUUCCUAUGCAGGGUGUAUGACUCAGUUCUUUUUCUUCUGUUUCUUUGUCUUUUCUGAAUCCUACAUCCUGUCGGCGAUGGCAUACGACCGCUAUGUCGCCAUCUGUAAGCCACUGAUGUACACGGUCACCAUGUCUCCUCAGGCGUGUUUACUCCUUUUGUUGGGGGUCUAUGGGAUGGGAGUGUUUGGAGCAGUGGCUCAUAUGGGAAACAUAAUGUUUAUGACCUUCUGUGGUGACGACCUUGUCAAUCACUAUAUGUGUGACAUCAUUCCCCUCCUUGAGCUCUCCUGUAACAGUUCUUACAUAAAUUUGCUGGUGGUCUUUAUUGUUGUGACCAUUGGCAUUGGUGUGCCCAUUGUGACCAUUUUUAUCUCUUAUGGUUUCAUUCUUUCUAGCAUUCUCCACAUCAGCUCCACUGAGGGCCGAUCCAAAGCCUUUAGUACAUGCAGCUCCCAUAUAAUUGUGGUUUCUCUUUUCUUUGGGUCAGGAGCUUUUAUGUACCUCAAACCACCUUCUAUUUUACCCCUUGAUCAGGGGAAAGUGUCCUCUGUAUUCUAUACUGCUGUGGUGCCUAUGCUUAACCCAUUAGUCUAUAGUCUGAGGAAUAAGGAUGUUAAAGUUGCCCUGAAGAAAACCUUGAGCAUAAAAACCUUCUCUUGA